GUCGUUCACUUCCGGGGUCAGGCGGGCGGGUUUCCGGCGGUACUCGAGGCCGAGGCUGUGCGGCCUGGUGCGGCUCUGGCGGCCGAUGGCGGAGCCCGGGCCCGAGCUGCUGCUGGACUCCAGCAUCCGGCUGUGGGUGGUGCUGCCCAUCGUCCUCAUCACCCUGCUGGUGGGCGUCAGCCGCCACUACCUGAGCCUGGUGCUGCAGGCCGAGCGCAGGCCCGAGCUCCAGCAGCUGGGGGACAGUCAGGUGCUGAUCCGAAGCCGGAUUCUCCGAGAGCAUGGGAAAUACAUCCCACGGCAGUCAUUUGUGAUGAGGAAGCAUUUCUUCAAUGAUGCAGAGUCCGGGUUUUUUAAGAAGACAAAGAGAAAGGUCGUGCCGAAGAACCCGAUGACAGACCCCAGCAUGGUGACGGAAAUGGUGAAAGGGAACCUGACCAACGUGCUGCCGAUGAUUCUGAUUGGAGGCUGGAUCAACUGGGCUUUCUCUGGCUUCGUCACCACCAAGGUGCCCUUCCCCCUGACGCUGCGGUUCAAGCCCAUGUUGCAGCGAGGCAUCGAGCUGGUGUCGCUGGACCCGUCCUGGGUGAGCUCAGCCUCCUGGUACUUCCUGAACGUAUUUGGGCUGCGGAGCAUGUACUCCCUGAUCCUGGGCCAGGAGCACGCUGCUGACCACACCCGGGUGCUGCAGGACCAGAUGACAGGAGCUGCCAUGUCCCUGCCGCCUGACACCAACAAGGCCUUCAAGGCGGAGUGGGAAGCCCUGGAGGUUGUGGAUCACCACUGGGCUCUGGAGACGGUGGAGGAGGAGCUGAUGGUCAAUGACCUCAACCUGGAGGCGUUCGACAGCAGGGAGCUCUCGCCCUCCCUAUUCUGACUGGCCCAGGGAGGGGGGAGGAGGGAGUGGGUGCCUUCCCUCCCCUACGUCCGAGGGAGUGUGUGCCUUCCCUUCCCCUGCGUCUGAGGGAGGAGGGAGUGGGUGCUUCACCUCCCUCCAUGCCUGAGGGAGGAGGGAGUGAACACCUUCCCUCCCCUCGCAUCUGACUACAGGGGUUGCUGUUGUGAAAUAAAGUGCGAUUCAUUGACUGAU